CGUCAUACCUAUGCGAUCCAAUUUGAACCACCUCCCAGCCUCCUGGCCUGCUUAUUAGUCCCCCAGAACGGCCACACCCUCUUCCGUUACUAUAUCCUUCCAAGUUCAGUCUCUUUGUUCCAGUCUUCGUUCGUUCUAUACCCUUCCGAAUUUCUUCGUGUCGUGUUGAGCCUUCAGACUCGACCUCUAUACCCAUUUUACUGCUACACAGCUCCCACACCAUUACCAUGGAGUCCAAGAAGACCGAGCUUUCUCAGGAGAAGCCUCUUAACGAGCUGCUCUCCCGCUCGAUGGUCGACAUCUAUGUCGGUCCCGAGAACACACACUGGGUCCUCCACGAGAAGCUCCUCUGCUACCACUCCCCGUUCUUCCGCAAGACCUUCUACAGCAAGUCCAACACCUCCAAAACCUUCGGCCUCCCGGAUGAAGAAGACCUCCCCUUCAAGACCUUCGUAGGCUGGCUCUACAGCUCCUCCCUGCCGGUGCCCCGCGAAGAAGCCGACCUAGGCCUCCAGUUCGACCUGUACCUCAUGGCCGAGAAGUUCCAGAUCCCCGCGCUCGUCCAGGACAUCCUGCAGGUGGUCCGCGAAUGGUACAAGUACUCGGACACGUACCCGGGACUCCGCCGCGUGCAAUACAUCUACGCCAACACCGAGGACGGCAGCCCGAUGCGACACAUGCUUGUCCACAGCGUGGCGCGCCUCAUGGCGCUCGAGAAGGGCAUCCCCGCCCACUGGGACAAGGCGCUCCGCAAGAACGGCCAGCUCGCCGUCGACAUCAUCCGCGCGAUCCAGGAGUGGCGUCUCGACGAGGAGGUCGUGCCGGAUGCCCGCGACGACCCGGCCGACGCGGAGGACUUGGUUCCGGAGGACGAGAUUGCGGAUGCCAUGGACGACAGCGAGGCUACCGUCGUCGACAGCCCUGUCGAGCCUAAGCACCCCGAGAUCCCCAAGCCCAAGGACGUCAAGAAGAAGGGUGACGACCUUGUCAAGGGGGUCGAGAAGUUGGGAUUGAACGAGAUUCCUAAUGGUCUUACGACCGGUGACUUCGGAACGCUUCGUUAAGUGUUUCUAUUCGUCCACAUUAUUUCCACUAUUUGGCUUAAAAUUUGAUCACAUCUUCUUUUGGUUACGGAUAUCUGGUACUUUCACGGACAUUCUAAUGGUUGAACUGGGGUGAUACCCACUCAUCCUUCGACAUUUGUCCAUUUAUUUCGCCUGUAAUGCCUUUCUCUUAUUCUUCGAGAAACAUUUUCUUCUUCCUUUCACUUUUUGUA